GCGGCGGGCGCGGGCCUGCGCAGCGAGGGCGGCGGAGCGCCCGAGGCCGGGAGAACGGAGCUCGCGCCCUCGCCCCACGCUCACCUGGGCCGCACGCGCCAUCGCGCCCCGCCACCUACACUUCCGCAGCGUUGUCGCCGUCCUCGCAGAGCGGGCCCGUCAGCAGUGAGCCCGGGGAAAACUUGUCCUCUCCUCGUCCCGCGCGGGCCCCGCCGCCCGGCGUCCGUCCCAGGGAAUGCGCACGGUCGGCCUCGCCGCGCGUCGGCUCGGGCUUUGCGACGCCGCCGUAACGCCAACCUUUCCACUGUCGCGAUCCUGCCGUACGCGCGGGCCAUGGCGGCUUUGCGGCCCGGAAGCAGAGCGCUUCGCCGGCUUCUCUGCCGGUCCUUCUCCGGCGGCGGCGGCGUUAGGUUGGCCCGUGAGCGCCCUACGGAUCACAGGGAUGCGGCGUCCAGCCGGGUCUCAAGAUUCUGCCCUCCAAGACAGUCUUGCCAUGAUUGGAUAGGCCCCCCAGACAAAUGCUCAAACCUUCGUCCCGUUCAUUUUCACAUCCCUGAAAACGAGUCUCCCUUGGAGCAAAGACUUAGAGAAUUGAGACAAGAAACGCAAGAAUGGAAUCAACAGUUCUGGGCCAAGCAGAACUUGUCCUUCAAUAAGGAAAAAGAAGAAUUCAUUUACUCAAGACUACAAGCUAAGGGCGCAGGCUUGCGGACUGAGUCAGGCCAAAGAGCAACGCUGGAUGCAGAGGAGAUGGCCGACUUCUAUAAGGACUUUCUGAGUAAGAAUUUCCAGAAGCACAUGCGCUAUAACCGGGCUGGGCCUGGGAGCCAGGAUGUUGGAUGUGUUGGCAAGUGCUCUUUUGCCGAGCUGCAUCCUUACCUCACAGUGUCCGCCUUACAAGCCCUUAGGAGGUGAAGCCCAGAGGAACAGACAUUCAAGGUCACCCUGACUACAUACUGAGUUUAAGGCCAACCUGGGCUACAUGAGACCUUGUUUUGAGAACAAACAGAAGGACAAUGUUCUGGGCUAACUUUGUCAACUUGACACAAGCUGUAGUCAUCAAGAAGGAGAGAGCCUCAGCUGAGAAAACACCUCCAUGAGAUUGGGCUGUGGGCAAGCCUGUAGUGAUUGAUGAGAAAGAACCAGCCCACUGUGUGUGGGGCCAUCCCUGGGCUGGUGCUUCUGGGUUCUAUAAGAUAGCAGGCUGAUAAGCAGCUCUCUUCCCUGGCCUCUGCCUCCAGGUUCCUGUCCUGCUUGAGUUCCUGUCCUGACUUCCUCCAGUGAUGAACAGUGUGAUGUGGAAGUGUAAGCCAAAUAAACCCUUUCCUCCCUAAA